CCCCAAUAUAUCCCUAAUUUAAAUACCCCAUUACAUGGUGUUGGGCGUCGUUCUCAUGAGAAAGAGUUUAUUAAUUGACAAGAUUAGCCUUCAAAUUAUCUAUUGACAUUUUCAUUUCAGGUCAUUAUCAUAAUUAUUAUAUUCUGUGUUUGAUCUCGUAUAAUUAUGUCCUCUAUUCUCUCAACGUACAGGGUAAAUAUGAUAAUUGUUAUUAUUGUUAUAUUGAGAUGAGUAGCUCUAGUUCUAGUGACUCUGAACAAUCACCUAGUGAAUUCGAGGUUUCAUUAUUACGUUUACCUAUUGAUUUAAAAGUAAAAUCUCUGGAUAAAUCAGAAUUAUUAGAGCUAGGCAAACAGUUAGGUAUUCACAUCCCUCAAUCUGUUAAUAUUGAAUACUUGAGAUUCGCUGUUGACUUGGCAAAAAAAGUUUGUAUUUAUGUGGACCACGAUUCAGGAGCUAGAGAUGCUCUAAGUCGAUUACUUAAGUUAGGGUCCCUGUCUCAACGCGAUCGUAUUAUCUUCCCUAUGUUAGCCGAUUACGAGCGAAUAGUAGGCAAGCUAGGCAGAAAUCAAGAACACAUCUACGACACAGUAGCUCCCGAUAACUUAGCAAAUAUCCUAAUUCCAGAAAAUAAUAUGGCAGGGAAUGAUAAAAGACCCUUUGCGAAACCCGAAAGCUAUGGGGGUACAAAGAGUGAAGACUUCAACGAGUGGUUGAAAACCUUCAAUAGGGCAGCAAAAAUAAAUAAGUGGGAUGAGGAUGAUAAAAUCUUGUAUUUACCCCUCUACCUCAAGAAAACAGCAUUGGCAAUUUUCGACAUAUUUUCGGAUAAAAAUGAAAACGCGACAUUUCUUGAUGCAGUAGGCCACUUAAAAAGUAAACUUGUAGACCCUGUUCAUGAAGAGACAACCAGACAAAAACUCGAAAACAGAAACAAAUUACCAACAGAAACAUACACAGAAUACACAGCAGAUAUAAUAAAACUUUGUCACAUUCUUGAGCCUCAAAUGUCAGAGAAAAGAAUAGUAGGAUAUGUUUUGAGAGGCUUAGACGUAGGAGCAUUGCAACAUGUUGCUUUCAUGGACAAUGCAUCAGUUGAAGAUUUAGAGAAAAAUCUCGCCAAAUAUGAAAGAUCUCGCUUCCUUCUAGACAAAAAGUUAGGAAUGCAUAAUGCUUCAAUCCUGUCAGAUGACGAAGAAGACGAUUGCCAGUUCAAGCAGAAAGGCCUCUGCUUGAUUCCGAGGAAAAAGAUGUCGAACUCCGCCACCCAAGCCACUUGUCUCCACCUUCUAACAUCAGAAGCAGACGUAUCGGAGCUACGAGAAGUCUGCAAAUUUGAUUGUAAAGCAACUGACAAUCAAACCCUAAUCACUCGCCUACGAGAAGACACCUUCCUAUUCCACAACACCGGCAAAAAGACGACAAUUCGCUGUAAAAACUCAACAACUGAGGUCCCAAGCAACAGUCCAGGAACCCUAUCACUCCACAUCCCUUGCAACUGCGAACUUCAAGACGACAACGGCGACGUACUGAUAAGCACUCUUUAUCCUUGCGACUCCCGUUCCCAUCCUUCUCCAGCUAUUAAUAACUUAAUUCCUCACAUGUGGACAAAUUUAUCUAAAUUGAGCAUCCCAAUUUUUAAACAUGAGACUCUGCCUCAGUACUUAAACCUUUCGGAAAUCUUAAAUGAAAAUUGGCACUUGAAUUUUUCAAAAUUUGAAGAGCACAACUCAUUCUCAGAAGACAUUUUCCAUCAUGUUGAAAUGCCAAAUAACUUUGAUUUGUUAGGGGUGAACAAUAAACUGAUCAUUUAUAUUAUUAUUGUCUGGCAAACACUGAUAACUGUUAUAUUCUUGUAUUUAUGUCUUCAAAAUUAUAUUAAGAAGAAAGCAAAUCAACUGAGAGUCCCGAAACGUACUCCAAUUGUGGACUACCCACAGGAGCUUUAAGAAUAUAUUGUGUUUUAGUAAAGUAGUAUGUAAUGAAAUCAUUAAAAUAAUGGGUUAGGAUAUAGGAAACUAUGCAAAUAAUAAUUACUUAUUCACUAUUAUUGUAUCCAUUUACUCUUUUAUGCUAUCGAUUCAAAUAUUUUCCCAGAUUAGAAGAUAAACUAUUUCAAUUAUUAUUAUUAUUCUUAUUUUCAAGGUCCACAAUAUUAUUUUGCUUACUCGAAUACU